GUUCCAAGACCCUAAUCCAUCUCUUUUGAGACUCUCUCAAUCGACUCUGUCAAUCAAGGCUUUUCACUCUGAAUCUCCAUCCUUCUGUGCACAUCUCGCCACCGCGCAUCCUUCUCUCAUCAUCUCAGAUUUUAUGCUCAGAUGGCCUUGCAAGAAAGUUUAGCAAAAUUCAAGAAGCAACAAGAAAAGUGCCAAUCGACUCUCACCAGCAUUGCAGCCAAGGCAGGAUCUUCUAAGCCCACAGUGCCUCAGAAGUUUACCCCAGCAGCUCCUACAAAACCUCCUACACCUGCAGUAAAAUUCUCCAAUGAUACUGAGAGACUUCAACAUAUUAACAGCAUAAGGAAAGCCCCUGUUGGAGCUCAGAUUAAACGUGUCAUAGACUUGCUGCUAGAGACAAGGCAAGCCUUUACACCGGAACAAAUAAACGAAGCAUGUUAUGUUGAUACUAAUGCCAACAAAGCUGUCUUUGACAGUUUGAGGAAUAAUCCAAAAGUGAGCUAUGAUGGGAAGCGCUUUGCGUACAAGUCCAAGCAUGACUUAAAGGACAGGAGUCAGCUGCUUGUCUUAGUACGAAAAUUUCCAGAGGGCAUUGCAGUCAUUGACCUUAAGGACGCAUACCCAAGUGUGAUGGAAGAUUUACAGAUUACUGGACAAUCUUGUCUGUUAUCCUUCAAGGGGAGCCCUUACUGGAUGGCACCUGAGGUCAUAAAGAACUCAAAUGGCUGUAAUCUUGCGGUCGAUUUAUGGAGUCUUGGGUGCACGGUUUUGGAGAUGGCUACAACAAAACCACCUUGGAGCCAGUAUGAAGGGGUUGCUGCUAUGUUUAAGAUUGGUAACAGUAAAGAACUUCCCACAAUACCGGAUCAUCUCUCAGAGGAGGGCAAGGACUUUGUAAACCCAUUGCAUCGUCCCACAGCUGCUCGGCUAUUGGAGCACCCUUUUGUUAGAAAUGCUGUGCCUCUGGAAAGACCUAGUCUUAGUUCUGAGCCUGAACCACCACCUGCAGUUACAAAUGCUGUCAGAUCCAUGGGCAUUGGACACACAAGAAAUGUUUUAGAGUCCGAAGGAGUGGCUAUCCAUCAGUCUAGAGGUUCAAAAACUGGUUCAGGAUCCAGGCACAUAUGUUCAUUCCUAUUCCUAUUUAUUAUUAUUUUGAGCAAUAUGGGGACCGUACAUGCCGCACGUCAGGCCCAUUUUCACUGGCAUGAGAAGGCGAACUCUAUUUAUAUAGUAUUAAUAGUUGUAGCAAUUAGUGUAGCAUUACUUAUAUGUUAUUUUAUUUUAAGGCUAUGUAAAUCACAUAAUAUAGAUUCAGACAAUGAACUAGAUAAUAUAGAACUCACUGGAGUUCAAAUAAAUUCAUUUCCUAUUUCUAGGUUUUCUGAGCAUGAGAUGUACUCAGAGUGUAGUAUAUGUUUAGAUGCGUUUGCAGAUGAGGAUGAGAUUAUCAUCCUCCCAGUCUGCAGACACAUUUAUCAUACUCAUUGUAUUACUACUUGGUUUACAUCUCAUUCUCAUCAUUGUCCACUUUGUCGUCAUGACUAUAGUGGUUAUAGUUUAGACGAUUAGAUUUUAUU